GAUCGGGGGAGAAAAAAAAAAAAAAAAAAAAAAAACAAAAGAGGGUUAGGUCCGCGCGCGCGGCUCGCGAUACAUAAAACAGACGACGAGAAAAUGGCAAAAUUCAUCGCACAGGUCGGCGGACGCGCGGUGGUGAGGACGCUCGUUUCGCACGGCAGAAACGAUUUAUUCGUCGCGCGAUCGAGUCUCACCGCGGUGCGCUCCAUAACCACAACUCGAUGCCUGAGAGCCGAUGAACGAUGGUACACUGAUAAGCAUGAAUGGAUAACAGUAAUUGGCAAAGUGGGUACAGUCGGUAUAUCGGAUUACGCGCAAGACGCGCUCGGAGAUGUAGUGUACGCGCAACUUCCCGACGUGGGAUCCACGAUCAAAAAAGACGAGGAAUGCGGAGCCUUAGAAUCGGUGAAGGCGGCUUCGGAAUUGUUUAGCCCCGUCAGCGGGAAAGUUGUAGAGAAAAACGACGCGGUCGAAACUAAACCGAGUUUAAUUAAUGAAUCUUGUUAUAAGGACGGCUGGCUGUUCAAGGUGGAAUUAAGUAAUCCGGAUGAGAUGAAAAAUCUAAUGAACGAAGAGAGUUAUAAUGAGUUUUUAAAAUCGGCCGGUCAAUAAAUUUUCACUUAUUGUUAGGAAAUAAUAACGUUUUUAUACAUGUGUUUUUUUUUUUCAACCAGUCAGUUUAAAACUGCUGAUUUACACACUGAAGACUGCAUUUUCUAGUUGAAAACUCGAUAUAACUGUUUGUUAUAUUUUAAAUAUGACAAAACACAUCACGUGAAAACGCUUAUGUAUAUAUAUGUAUAUGUAUAUAUAUAUAUGUAUGUUGACAAAAGGUUUAAUUAUUAGCUGUAAGCAACACGCACUUCACAAAUUUAUUAUAUGUACACAGUUCAAUGUAGGCACACACAAAGAUUUAAAAUGUAUUCUGUCUCGUAUCAUUCGUGUGAGAAACAACAAUACAAAUAAUAGAAAAUUCAAAGCCAAUGUGUGCCACACAUUCGCUAUAAAUAUAAUUGAAUUUUAUGAGA